AUGUCAGCCACAAUAAACAACGAGAGAACCCCUUUGACAAGAGAUGGCUCUUGCCGACCGGAACACGCAUCCUCUCCGAGUGGGGACGAUCAGGAUUCAGCAUCAACGCUAGAUGACGGCGCAAGAGGUUACAACGUCUCAUUCCCUUCGCUGGAUGCCGGAGCAGGCGACCUUCGGAGUGGGGCAAGCAUGAGGAGUGUUAUCGCCGUGCUUCUCUUCGGAGAGUUCGUAUCUAAUGCGGACGCCACAUUUGUCAUGGCUACGGUUGGCCCUAUCUCAUCUCAGUUCAAUCGAAUGCAAGAUGGUAACUGGCUAUUAACUGGGUAUAGCCUCGGUGCCUGCGCGGCACAGCCUUUGUACGGAAAGCUGAGCGAUAUAUAUGGUCGUGCACCGCUUUUACUGGCUUCUUACCUAUUUCUCUCUCUCGGAUGUGUCAUCUGUGGUCUAUCCCAUAAUAUGGACCUAGUUAUCAUCGGUCGAAUUAUGAGUGGGGUUGGCGGGGCCGGUGUUAUGGCGUUGAGUUCGAUUAUAAUCACAGAUCUGGUUCCCAAACGCAAAAUCGCAAGCUGGAGGGCAUAUGUAAAUAUUGCGAUGACACUUGGUCGAAGUGCAGGCGGCCCUUUAGGGGGGGUGGCUUACGGAUCUUAUUGGAUGGCGAUGGCACCAUUCCUAUGCCUCGCUGCAUUUCUAGUAUUCGUUCGAAUGAACAUCUUGAGUCGCGAAACGGUCUCCUCUUCGGAAAUUGAAGGUGGCCCCGCCAGACGAGUGGAUAUCUUGGGCACAGUAUUGCUCUCAGGUUCCAUUAUCACUCUUGUUCUCCUCGUUGACUGCGGAGGCCGGAUAUUCCCUUGGCUAUCUGACAUGACUCUAAUCUUAGUCACUGUUAGUAUUUUCGCUCUCGUGGCCUUUGUAUACGUUGAAAAGAACGUCGCACUGGAACCCAUUCUAGAUCUGAAGAUCUUAUCGAAGCCCAAUGUUGCUACGAGUUAUCUGGCGAGCUCAUUCCAAACCGCGGCCCAAGUUAGCAUGAUGUUCGCGGUGCCGCUUUAUUUCGAGGUUACUGGAUCUGUUUCUAGCACCGUGGCAGGGGCUCAUUUGGUACCGGCUGUUAUUGCUAACACCAUUGGUGGCUUGCUAUCAGGAUACCUUAUCGGAUGCACUGGAAGAUAUAAAUUUGUCCAGGUGACAUCCGGCCUGAUCGGCUCCUUGACGUACUUACUUCUUUUCCUUCGCUGGAAUGGGCGUACCGGAUUUUGGGAGUCACUGUAUAUCAUGCCUGGAGGGCUGGGUAGCGGUCUAUCAUCCUCAGGGUUUGUGAGUAUGACUGCCUUUUUGGAGCCUGAAGAAAUUGCCAUGGCUACGAGCGGACUUAUUCUACUACUUAAUCUAUUUAUAUCCACAAGUGUAACCGCUACAAAGGCCGCACUUGAUCAAGAGUUCCAACAGCAGAUGCGGAAAAGCCUUGCUGGAACCGACGCCGAACAGAUUAUCCAUCAUUCGCUAUCCGAUAUCAAGUUUAUUUCUAGUCUGACUGGCCAAACACGAGAAACCGUGGUACAGUGUUUUAUUGCUGGUCUUAAGCGCAAUUACAAGGGUGACUAUGAUGGUCUAAUUUACCCCGAACACUCGGUCAACUUUAAACUCGAUAUGAUGCCUUGCCGAGACGUAACGCCAGAUCUUAUUAUUCUUCGUGGCAAUCAGUCG